GCCGCCGCCCUCCUGGUUAAGAUUUCCCUGUGGUCCCUCUUGGUGACUCUGGUGAUCCUGUUCAUCCUGACUGGCACCAUGCUGGGCCCAGAUCUAAUGGCACAUAUUCCUGCAUCUGUCUACACCAUUGCGGUGCUGAUGCCCCUAGCGGGGUAUGCCUUGGGAUAUGGCUUAGCCACGGUCUUUAAAAUGCCCCCACACUGCAGGAGAACAGUAUCUUUGGAAACAGGGUGCCAAAAUGUCCAGCUCUGCACCGCCAUCCUAAAACUCACCUUUCCCCCGGAGCUCAUAGGGAGCAUGUACAUGUUUCCCUUGCUUUACGCGCUUUUUCAGUCGGCAGAAGCAGGACUCUUUGUGCUGGUGUACAAGAUGUAUGGGAGAGACAGCUACAAACAAGAUACACUCGGUGAAGAGGAAGACACAGACAUUUCCUACAAGAAACUGAAGGAAGAGGAGGUGGCUGAAACUUCAUAUGGCACAGUGACCACAGAGGACCACAACUCCAUUCAGAUGGAGCCGACGCAGACGGCGCUUUAGGGGAGAUAAGGAGGCAACACCCGGGGACGUGUGAUGUGUGUUGUUCUUGCAACCAAGCUGGGGCCGCGCUCGCCGCUGCGCAAGCGGAGCUGCCCAGCCUCCAUCGUUUCUCCAGCCGCUCCCAUUGUACAAGGUGAUGUGUGUUUAUUACCGUGACAGUUGUGUUUCCUCAAAAAUACUUAUGAAAAAAAUGUAAAAGCAAAGGAAAAAGUAUCACUGCAAUGCAAAUAACCGUACGUCUUCAGGCAAGGAGGCUCCUGCCC